CGUUGAUUAUAAUUGGAGCGUUUUUGUUUUGUCGCGUCUCACGCGUUCAAUUUUGAUGGGUUGUCCCUCCUUCUCCACCCAUAACCUCAUUUAUUGUGUGGCACGCAGGGGUCCAUUGAGUCGAAUAUGUGCAUGUGGACCACGAAUCACAAUAGUGGAUUUUAGUGUAGCUAUGUAAGGUUAGAUAUAUUUGUUUCCGCGGCGCUUACAACCAAUGUUUGAUAUCAACCAUUGAGAUAACAACCAACUGAUUUAUAUCCACUAUAACGUACAGUACGAGGCCUCAUCUCCAGUGAACUUCACACCAAUGGCUGAUUCAGACAGCACAUCUACAUCUGAUCGAAAGCUGCACUGCCCACAUACACCCAUCUCUCUUUCAUUACCUUUCCUGAGGGAAGGCAGUAAUGUCUUGGAGAGGAAACCACAUCAGACAGGGGAACCUCUUAGCCCACUGCCAACCAAACGCACACGCACCUAUUCAGCAUCGGUGAGAGCCAAAUCUGGACCCGUCUUCAAGGGCAUUUGCAAGAACUUCUCCAGGUCACAAGGUCACGGAUUCAUUCAACCCUCCCAUGGAGGAGAAGACAUAUUUGUUCACAUCUCAGAUAUUGAGGGUGAAUAUGUGCCUAUGGAGGGGGAUGAGGUGACUUACAAAGUGUGUCCUGUUCCUCCCAAGAACAUUAAGUUCCAAGCUGUUGAUGUGGUGAUCACCAACCUUUCUUCCGGAAGGAAGCACGAGACCUGGUCUGGGCAAGUUAUCAGCUCCUAGCUCACACAUUCAAGCCCAAUAGAGGAAUAAACAGAUAAAGGAAGGGAUUUAACUCAUGUUGCUCAUGCUGGCGUAAAAUGGUGUUGUGUGCAAGUAGGAUAGGAAUGGAAUAGUAAUUAGGGUUAUGCAACUGUUGUUUUCUCCAGUCUGGCAAAUAAGCAACAGGAAGUUGGUCAGAGGUCUGUUUGGAAAAUGGUUUGGGAUGCAAGUCAGCUGAGCUUUGAUAGCAUUGUCACAUAACAUAACAUAACAUAACAUAACAUAACAUAACAUAACAUAACAUAACAUAACAUAACUGUGAGCAGCAGUGUUGCCCUUGUUUAAAUGUUUGUCAUAAAUAUGUUCUUAAUUAUGUAUUUAUUUUCAUUUUAUGUACAGAGGCAUUUGAUUUCAUUGUGCUGCUGUGUAUGUUCAAGUCAUUUUAUGUAAAACGGAUUUCCUAAAAUAAAUUAAUACACAUCAAUGAAAA